UAUUUCCGCCCAAGCUUUCUCGGACCCAGUAGCUGAAUAUUUCAUCUGUAGCUAGCUAAUUACCCUAUGAUUAACCGCAAAGCUUGACGCCAGUCCAACCCUGGAUGAUCGGGAAGCAAGGCUGCUCGAGUUAGGCUCUGUGAUUGUAAUUACGCCUCGUGGCAUAUCCGCACCCCAGUGACUCAAAUUCCAUCACACUCGAUUCUCGCUGUUCCUAGGACACAGGUGAUCGGACGACCCAGAUCUAACUGACAUAGGCAAACGGUAUGCGAUUGAUUCGCAGGUAAGCACUUAAGUAACCUGGAUGCGAAGAGGAGACGCAUCACUCAGUCAGCACUUGUGUAAAACCAGGAACACUAAAGGAUUGUACAGCUAUCCAUCUUCGUUGGACAUUAACUUUACAACAAUGGAAGGUAGCGGCCCUCUCGAUGGUGUGGUUAUUGAUUGGAACCUGCGCGUGGCAGCUGGAGUGAGUGGAAGAGUCGCUCCAGUGUAUAUACAUACAUCUGGGACCAGCCCAAAUCAUGGAUAGGAAGGGAAAGUUGAGCCAGUCACGUGACACAACGCGGGAAGGAGGAGGAGGAGGCGGACGAGAGGCAGGGAGGCAGUUUCUGUCCCCGGAAACAACAAACCUUGACAGGGCCCCAAGUUUACAUGGAUUACACGCUCAGAGCUCCACGGAAACAAGCGGAUUAGGGGAAACCAUCACUUCUGGUUUUUCCUCUCAGGAAAGUAUACACAGUUUAAGAGGUUCGACCAGGACGAGGGGGGAUACGGGGGGGUUGAGUCUUACCCCAGAGGAAGCUGAGGCUCAUAGACGUGAGUUGCAAGCGCGGGGGACAGGGAGGGGGGAUAUGAGAACGGAUAGUAAGAAAAAUAAAGACCGGUCCAGGAUGAAUGACCAUUACAACAGCGGUCCUGGACAUUCGAACUAUAACGAGUACUUCGCCCAGGGGACGACGGUCAUGGAUACGCUAUCCCCAAUGGGGCUCCAAAGGGAGCAUAUUGAUGAGGAGUGGGACAAACGGAGUGGGAGCCGGAGGAGUUCCGCCAUCAGCAGGUCAUCCCAGGGCGGAUCCAUAAAGUCCCGGAGCUCCGUCAGGGCCAAGUUUCUUGGAGCCUCUUUAGGGUCCCAGUGGGCCAAAUGGUCGAAUGACAGACGUGCGUCUUUUCGACGCCGUAUCGAAAUGAUAGAGAAUUCCGAACGGAAAAAAGAAAGAACUUCCACGCCUGUUAAAAAGGCAAGACAGGAAGGAUUAAAAUUCGUUCAUCCGGAUUUGGAACGGAAGUACCUUUCGGAGGAUGACAUCAAGGAGUUACGCAGGCACAAGCAGGAGCAAUACAACGCUUAUCGUGUGAUUGAGAAAGGGAAAAAGAAAAGUCGGUUUACGUCUGCUGAAGUUCAGUUGUCGAUGCAUCAGUGGCAUGUGCUGAGCGAAUUCUGGGAACACGAGGUGUUUGUACGGUUACGAUGGCUUGGCGUGUUCGUCAGCAUGGUGACGACCUUAGUGAUGAUCAUCAGUAUAACUAACGCCAACUGGCACGCAUACGAGCUGAAACCACCGCACAGUGUCUUGAAUUUGUCAAUAUACGAAGGAUUAUGGGUGAACUGCACACAUUCCUCCAAUGCAACAUCACCAGAUUUUAUAUGCAAUGCAACGAGCGGAAGAGACUGGCAGAAUGCUGUGGUGGGGCUGAUGAUAUUUGCUGCGACGUUUGGCUUCGUGGCGUCAAUGCUGUCUAUAUGUGGCGUAUGCACCACCCCUCUCCCAAGGAAAAUUUACUACUUCCAUUCCGCCGGAGAAAUAUUCCUCGUCUGCGCCUUAAGUACAGGCGUCGCCUUGAUAAUCUUCCCCGUGGCAGUAGAACUAGAUCAUACCAUCCUCUCCCACCGGUACGGCAUCGGCUACGGCCUUGGCUGGGGAGGUGCCUUCUUCUUCUUUGCAGCCGCCAUUUGCAUGACCUUGGACGAGUUGGUGCGAGAGUCGGCGAGAGUUAAGUGUUGCAAGUGGUGUUGGAAAGGCAGCGGCUCUGAGAGGACAGAAUUACGCCAAGUCUGAUAGGACGCUGCCUAUUUGUUGAGGCUGGAGGCCUAUUAAAUGCUCAUGAUGUGUGAACAUAUGUUCGACAGUUUCGUGAUCGGACCAAGACAAUCCAGUUGCAUAUUACAAUCCUUUUCUUGUCUGAAAAUAUGGAUGGUUUUGCGAAUCUUGAGGCAUAGAAAGAAACAAUAAGUUCGAGUCAUCGUUAUGAUAGGAAAUCAUUUAAGAUAAAAGAGUUCAAUACAGGGUGCAAGAUAUGGUAAUAUGAAAUCACGGGAACAAACAAGGAUGUUUUGAAAGGACGUGUGACUAGUUUUGUUAAAUUGUUAAGUAGUUGUGUCUAAUAGCAUGUGACGUCACGCCACGCCCUGUCUUGUCAGGAGUUUUGUGUUGGGAAAAGGUUAUUUCAGUGACUUGUCAUUCGGAACAACUCGGGUCAUUCCGAGAGGUCUCGGAAAGGGGCGAGUGGUGGCGAAUGUUGCGCUUGUUACCUUUUCAACAUGGGCUCCUGAACCUUGGACCCAGGAUGAAAUAUCAGAGCAUACUACCAGUAUUUUCUGUCCUUUGGGCUUAUACGUGAGCAGUACAUACGUGAACAUGAUACAAGCCCACUGGGCUUAAACUUGAACAUGAUACAGGUCCACCGAGUUUAUUCGUGAACAGGAUACAAACCCAAUGGGCUUAUACGUGAACAGGAUAUCAAGUCCACGGGUUUAUACGUGAACAGGAAACAGUCCACUGGACUUAUACGUGAACAGGAUACAGGUUCACCGGGUUUAUACGCAAACAGGACAGAAGCCCACUGGGCUUAUACAUGAACAGGAUACAGGUCCACCGAGUAUAUUCGUGAACAGGAUACACGUCCUCUGGGUUCAUACUCAAACAGGAUACAAGCCGACUGGGCUUAUACAUGAACAGGAUACAGGUCCGCCGAGUAUAUUCGUGAACAGGAUGCACGUCCACUGGGCUUAUUCGUGAACAGGAUACAGGUCCACCGAGUAUAUUCGUGAACAGGAUACAGGUCUAGUGGACCAAUACAUAAACUCCUUGUACCCGUUGAUCCCUUCUGAACAGACGCUGUGACGUAUAUCGUGUGUGGGUCAACCAUUUUUAUAGGACUUCUUGAAGGAAUAUUACCCACUGGAGUAUGUCCCAGAAUUUUGCCUUUCAACCACUGAAGAGGAGAUUUCAUAUUUAUUUUCAAUUAUACUCAAGGUGGAGUGACGACCGUGUUCUCCAAAGCCACUGUGAUGUCAUUGUACUGUGGUUCCUCUGGUGCUUGGUGAAGCGACCAGGGUUAGUGUACACUGUAUCGUGUAGGUACCUACACCUUUCAUCACACGACCUAUUGUUAUCUUUUGACUUUUUAACAUUGUCAUUGACCAUUGUAGCUUACGAUAGGACCUUUUUCAGUCCAUGUAGUUCCUGUUUUGUAAUCAUUUUUUAUACGGCAGAGUAAGUAGGUGUUUGCGAUAGGAAUACAAUGAGAUUAGUUCGCCAGCCUAGACGAGUUCAGUGGUAGUCCCUGAAUGGAAGCUCGAAAAGUGCAUAAUCAAACAAACGGAAUGUGAUUAUUUUAAUAAUGCUCUAGUCAGUGUUGUUGACACGAGAGUUAAACUGCAUAAUAGUUAGACCGUUUUAUUUCAACACAAGACGAGGCAAAAGUGAUGCUAGGGCUUCUGAAACUUGGUAAGAUCAAGGUGGAGAAUAGGUCUUAAGCAACCCAUGCUUGCCGUAAGAGGCGACUAACGGGAUCGGGUGCUCACUGUCUUGGUUGAUGCAUGUUAUCGUAUCCCAAUUACGUGGAUCGAUGCUUAUGAUGUUAAUCACUUGAUUGUCUGGUCCAGACUCGAUUAUUUACAGACCGCCGUCAUAUAGCUUGAAUAUUGCUGAGUGCGGCGUUAAACAAACAAACAAACAAACACGGUUACCGCUGGUCGUGGGUAUCGUUCCCGAAGUCGCAUAUGUCAGCGCAAGGGACUUGACUGACCUUUGCACCGAACUUGCAAAGUCUACGACCUCAUUCAUUGUAGAUCUGACCCCGUGUGUACCUUAAAUCCUGUUCAAGACGAUGUAAAGCCUAACUUACUCACCCCCCCCCCCCCUUAAUCAGUUUGUUGUGGCCUUGAAUUAUUUUAAUUUGCAUAUCCAACUUUAUCAAAAUCCCAGACGCCAUAUCUCGUGCAUGCGCGUUUCACAAUGCGUUCCGAUAUUCACAUAAGCAAUUUCUAUUUGUAUCUUCAAUUAUUAUUAUUAUUAUUAUUAUUAUUAUUAAUAUUAUUAUUAUUAUUAUUCUGAAGUGUGAACCCGUACCAGCAGCUUCAGUUCAUCUACUGGGCUGUGUCAUCAGAUAUUCUCAAACCUUUUGUUGUAUAUAGUCACGUCCCAGUGACAUUUAUUUUGUAUUUCUUGAAUCGUCGUUUCUACUUUUUAGCUCUCUCUUUACAGUGCAUCUAUUCUUUUGGGCAAUACUCAGUCAUAAUGUUGUGAUAGAUUCAAACGGCAUCAAUCUCAGAUCUAUUCACAUGAAGAAGUGUUAUACAUGUUACCACGAUAUUCAAUCGACACUCGUAAACUGACACCAUCAGCUCGAAAAGUUGAAAUAUCUCCCAUGUAAUAAACAAUACAUACAGUACUCUGAAUCAACUUCGAGGCCCAUUUAAGGCGUCAAAUAGCCGGAAUAUUGCCAAAAGCGGCGUAAAAACAAACUCACUCAAUUUGGAGAUAACUCGAGUCGGUUGUGUGCAAGGCAAGGAUUUAGCACCGUGUGUACAUAGUGUAGCGGAAAUGGACUAUUUUUUUCUCAAAUUUAUACAUUUCACUUUUUCUACAAAUAUCUCAAACGUCUAGUCCCAGGGUUGUCCUAUUAUAACAGUUUCUUGUGGUGACCUCGAGAUCAGGUAACAGCAUGAUCGUUUAUACCUUUUGUACAUGCCGUAACGAACACGUAGCAUUUUUCCUGUCCUCGCGUUCAGCACACAUUGCUUCCUUGUUUCCUUGACCAUGAGAAACAUGGCUGCUUUUAUAACGUCGUGCGGUAGAAACCUCCUCAUCUUCAUGAUCAGAAAUACCCAGGACGAUAAUAACUGGAGAGUGAGUGUUAUCUACCCCCAUCAGCAUCGCCUUCACACGUUUGUGUGGCAGCGACUAUUUAACUUCAUUUUCAAUUUUUGUGCUUGACCAAAAUGCGCUUUUCCCCACCGUGAUUUGAGUCACUAGCCUGUACCUUCAAAGUCCUGUGCUUGAAGAUAUUUAACGUGGGAGAUCGAUCAAGAUUUCCCCAAAUGUCCGUUGUGCGACACUUACGGAUGAUUAAAUAACAAACAUGCCUCUGUUGCAUUGUUAAAGUGCAGGAGCUGAACAGGUUUGAUUUUCAUUGUUUCAAUUAUUCAUAACCAUGUGUUUUGGUGUUUUGAUAAUUAAAGCGGUUAGAUGUUUUGCAUUUUUAAAACGUCCAAUAUCUUGAGUUACAAGCACCUAUAUGUUGAAAGGUCAAGAGAAACGUUAAUUUAACUGUUUUUCAAAAUAUAUAAGAGUUGAGUAACGUUACUUGGAAGUACUCAUUUAGACAUCCGUGUCCAUUCUGUGGUAAUAAUGCUCAUAUGAAACAAGAGACGCGGAUGGCCAGUCGUUUAAGGCGCCGCAAUUAGCUGUGCAGGGUUGCGUCCCUUGGACACACCAGAAACCAAUGAGUAUGGGUUCGAAUCCCGGUUCGACCCGAUUAUGUUUCUAGCUUUGUCAGCACCAUACCCGUGGGUGUCACCGAAGUGGUUAACGUCUUAGACCUGCAUCAUUUCGGGUUUCCCUCCAAAAUUAAGCAGACACGCUAUUAUAUCACUGGCCAGUUGUCUCAGGUGUUACCAGGAAAGCAGAAAAGGGGUUAAUCAAGGUACAGGGUAAUGAAUCCAUAUCAUACAAGGAUCAAAGUAUUUCAUGACCAUUUUCCGACGAUGUGACGUUAUUUUCGUCAGCAUGACUAUAUGCAUCUCGUACAUUUUUUGCUGCUGGGCCAUAGACAAUUUUUAUCAUACUUCGAAAAAAUAAUAUUAUAGUUCUAAGGCCAAAUGACUCCGUUUUUCAACUUUUUGCUGUUUCUUUCAAGACGUGUUUAUUCCUGCCAUUUUUUUCUGAGGCGAAAUUACAUUGCAUGACCUUCAUGGGUGAAGAUGACCUUAUAUGAGCGCACGCACGCACACACACACACACACACACACACACACACACACACACACACACACACAGGCACACACACACACACACAGGCACACACACACACACAGGCACACACACACACAGGCAGACACACACACACAGGCACACACACAGACACACACACACAGGCACACACACACGGACACACAAAACAGACAAGCGGGGUGUUCUCGUUACUCAUUACGGGUGAUAUGGCAGACAGAAACGCAUCAAUUAUACACGUGUUGACACAUUACUGGUGUAUAUUACACACAGUGAACACAAAAGGGUAGACUGGCAUUAAGUCCCAGAAAUAAAGUUAUCCCGAUUUAGAAUAUAUAUCAGCAAAAUAAAAACCAUAAAAUUUAAAAGGAGCCCCAAACAAUCCUUAAUUUCAGAGCUGAGGACAUCUCGACAAGCCAAAUCAUUCUAGACUUGAGUUGGACUAUUAAAAUUUAUUCUCUGAGGUCUGGGAUACAGACUAACACAUGGGGUGUAUUUUAACUCCAGACACACAUAGAUGGUACGCGUACAUAAACAUUAGGGGGGUACAGUAACUCCACACAAGGGCAGUACUCUACACAAUACACGUCACACACACAGGUGUACGCAUACAUACAGUAACUCCACACAAUGGGUGUACUCUACACAAUACACGUCACACACACAGGUGUACACAUACAUACAGUAACUCCACACAAGGGGUGUACUCUACACAAUACACGUCACACACAGGUGUACGCAUACAUACAGUAACUCCACACAAGGGGUGUACUCUACACAAUACACGUCACACACACAGGUGUACACAUACAUACAGUAACUCCACACAAGGGCAGUACUCUACACAAUACACGUCACACACACAGGUGUACACAUACAUACAGUAACUCCACACAAGGGCAGUACUCUACACAAUACACGUCACACACACAGGUGUACGCAUACAUACAGUAACUCCACACAAUGGGUGUACUCUACACAAUACACGUCACACACACAGGUGUACACAUACAUACAGUAACUCCACACAAGGGGUGUAUUCUACACAAUACACGUCACACACACAGGUGUACGCAUACAUACAGUAACGGGUAGUGUGGACUAACAGACACGGGGUAUAAACAGGAGGAAGCCAAAUCCGAACACAUGUGUACCUGUCGACAAACGAACUCCCCGACACACCCGAAAGUACCCGAAUAGAGACCACGUUUUGUUGCACGUUUCUCUGUCUUCCGCCGUUUGCUCAACACCGUUGGUUCAUAUUAAUCUGUAUUUUUGGUUUCCGGAUGCCUGUUCUUGAUAUUUCCUUACCAUGUAAAAUAAAUGAUUAUUCACCUACUCCUAA